GGUGCUUGUAACACCGUGUUCCAGUUGUGAACACAUUUGCUUGUUUUUUUAUGGUGUUGAUUGCUAAUUCGAUUGCGCACGUUAUGUUUUUAUAUGAGACGCGACAUUUAGUGACAGAGGUGGGAACCAACUGGAGUAGAACCGUUUCGAUAUAUCAGCUUCACAGUGUGUGCAAGGAGUGAUGCCGAACAAACGCGAGCCUGUCUGGUGUAAUUACCCGUGUCAUCGCUCAGGUUGUUUGCGAUUCCGCGAUGAAUUGUUAUGUCAAGUCGCUCACACGGCUUACUGAUGAGCCAUCAAGUCCGUUAUAGCAGAUGCAAUGGCGACGCCGACGCCGACGACGAUGACGUCACCGUGAUGAUCAUCGAUACGCACGCCCCCAUGGACCAAUCAGAGCAGACGUAUGACGUCGUCGACGCGAUGGUCGCCGACCAAUCGGAGAGCGGCUUUCAGUGGGCCGACGACUGGCCAAUGCCUAACUCGAGCGUCGGCAACGAUUCGGAUUUGUGGCAAACGUGGCUGGCCGACUACGAGACGAGACUACGACAGGAGAUACAGGGCAGUCUGUACACGCACCGCACGGCGCUCACUGUCGGCCUCGUAGUCGCUUACGGCGUCGUCUUUCUCAUCGGUCUCGUCGGCAACAUCCUCGUCUUUCUCACCGUCGCCAGGUAUCGCAGCAUGCGCACGCUGACGUACACGUUUCUCGUCAACCUCGCCGUCGGCGACAUCAUGGUCGUCGUCGUCUGCAUGCCGCUGACGCUCGGCUACACCGUCUACCGCGCCUGGCUCUACGGCGACGUCAUGUGCCGUCUCAUGCCGUUCGUGCAGGGCGUCAGCGUCAGCGUCAGCGUCCUGACGCUGCUCGUCGUCAGCGUCGAUCGCUACUACAAGAUCUACCAUCCGGUGAAGGCGCGCGUCAUCUUUCACAGUCGGCACGUGCGCGCCAUCGUCGCCGUCGUCUGGAUCGUGUCGACGCUGCUCAUGCUGCCCUUCCUGUUCGUGUCGCGCACGCUCACCGAUGACGUCGGCGUGACGAUAUGCACCGAGCAUUGGUCGCACGUCGCCUUCAAGCGCUCUCACGGCAUGUUCCUCUUCGCCGUGUUGUACGUCGUGCCCGUCUGCAUUAUGACGUACGCGUACGCGAAGAUCGCACGCACUCUGUGGCACGGCGACAAGCGGCUGCGUAAGACCGACACGCAGCGGCAGCAGUUCGACGCGCUGCGCAUACAGAAUCGCCGACGCAAACUCGUCAAGCUGAUCAUCAUGCUCACGAUACUGUUCGCGAUCACGUGGCUGCCUUACCACGUCGUCAUUCUCUGGCUCGACUUCUCGCACGUCAGCGACGCGCUCGACGACAGCAAGGUGUUCGUCGGCACGCGUAUCUAUCCGAUCGUGCAGUGGCUGGCGCUCACCAACUCGUCCGUCAAUCCCAUCUGCUACUGUCUGUUCAGUCAGAAGUUUCGCUCGGCAGUGCGCAUGCUCUGCGGAUGCGGCGGCGUCGACAGCGAGCGCGUGCUCUACAACUCCGAGGCGACCGCCGACGCGACAAACUCUAGCUUCCUGCGCCGAUCGUGGCGCGCCCUGUCGCAGCACGUGCGUCGGCAGGGCGGGCGGCCGCCGACGAUGCGCGACGUGCGGACGUUUCAGACACGUCGCCACUGUCUGGCCGUCGUCGCGCGCGCCGACGGUGGCGGAAGUAACUCGCUGAACACGUACGUCGACAUGUCGGCGAGGCGAGACCAGAAGUGGGCCGUGCGCAACAUCCGACGCAACGAGCACGAUAUGUUUCGCAGGGUUUCUAGUCCGGUGUGA